AUCGGUAAUCAACAUGGCCUUCAAGUUCGUUAUAGUUGUUGGCAUUCUUGGCUUUGUUGAGAUCAGCAAUGCUUUUCCCGGACACGCACAUAGUUUCGCACAUUUCCACGGACCCGUAAAAGGUCCUCAUCAUGAAAUUAUCUCUCAUGGUAAACACGGCCAUCACAUAGAUUAUGUUGCUCAUCCGAAAUAUGAAUUCUCUUAUGGCAUUGAGGAUCAUCAUACUGCGGAUUAUCAUGGACAGAAAGAGGACAGAGACGACAAGGAUGUAAUCGGGGAAUAUACGAUCAAAGAACCAGGUGGUAAUACAAGAAUCGUUAAGUAUCAUUCCGAUCCUCAUGGAGGAUUUUUCGCUCAUGUUCACAAUACUGAUGGCAAUAAUCACGAAGGUGGUACUUAUGGUGGUCAUGGUCAUAAACACGGUCAUGGAUAUUAA